AUGGCUCUCCCAGGAGCCCCCAUGGCUCUCCCAGGAGCCCCCAUGGCUCUCCCAGGAGCCCCCAUGGCUCUCCCAGGAGCCCCCCAUGGCUCUCCCAGGAGCCCCCCAUGGCUCUCCCAGGAGCCCCCAUGGCUCUCACAGGAGCCCCCAUGGCUCUCCCAGGAGCCCCCAUGGCUCUCCCAGGAGCCCCCACGGGUCUCCCAGGAGCCUCAUGGAUCUCCCAGAAGCCCCCACGGGUCUCCCAGGAGCCCCACGGAUCUCCCAGGAGCCCCACGGAUCUCCUAG